GGUAUCUCACCACUUACACACUUUUCUGUGCUCUCUCACCCUGCUCUCAACUUUUAAUUGUUAUCUGUAUUCUGUACCCUGUUUACAGAACUGAGUACACUGUACAGUGUACAGUCUAGUUUCUCUAUUGAGUACUUUGUUGUGCCGUGUUUUAGUUUUGGGUUUACACUUACAUUAACUGUCGUCUGUCAGAUUUUAAAUUUUAUUUUGAAGUAAAAAGAACCUUUUUUAAAAGAUCCAACUUUUUAAAUGGACUUGAAUAGAAUUUUUAUUAUUAGUGUACUUUGAGUUUUGCCCAUCAUUACAUAUUAUAUCGAAUAUUCAACAUAUUAUUAAUUAAGACAAUUUAUUAAAUUUAUUUAUUUAUGCUAGUUUAAAAAAUUAAUUUAACAACUAAAAUCUACAAUUAUUAGAGGCUUUAACAAAAUGUUUGAUUAGACUAUGUCGGCCCCUGCUUAUCCAAUUUAGCUGAUUUUUUUAUUCAUCACUAGGAUAUUAUAUUGAUGGUAAGUUUCAAUGGCGUUGAUAUUUGGUGACAACAUUCAUACUAAAACAUUUACUCCUCAAGAAUACCUUGUUGAACUUCUUAGUUCAGCUAAGAAAAAAAAUGUAAUUGUAUCAUUUGGAGGUGUAACUAAUAAAGCUUUUUUGAUAUUGAAACUUGUUCAAGAACUUAGAUAUACAAUUUAUAGACUGACAGAAAAAAGAAAAUGGACUCUUCUAGUUGUAGAUGAAGAAGAAAUAGAAAGAUAUAUGUUCUGUAUUCAAAAUUUAACAGAUUUAAAGCCUGUAGUAAUAAGUUCAUUACAAUAUUUGGAUUUAGAUGCCUAUGAAGUUAUUAUUACAACAGAGGCUAAUUGUCUAAAAUUGUUUUGUGACCACAUUUUAAAUUUUGAAAGUCUUAAUUUAGUCAUAUUUGACAACUGUCAUAGAAUUCUCAAUAAAAACAGUUCCUAUUUUAAGAUUUGCAGUUUUAUAAAGCAAGACACAGACUGUCGAAUUUUAGGAAUUGUUCAUCCGUUAUUUGAAAUUGACGCCAAUCCAGCUUAUAUAAAAUGUCAAUUAUCAUAUAUGUCAAAUAAAUUAUUUUCGUCCAUAGAAACUACUAAUGACAUUGUUUCCAUAUUACGUCGAUGUUGUAAACCAAUAGAAAUUCUUGUAGAAUGUGCUUUAAGAGUCGAAGAUGAAAUUAAUAAGCAAAUAACAGAUAUUUUACAAAGUUUAACAGAUUUUUUAAAUUACCACAAGUAUGAACCCGCUUCAAUAUAUGGGGACGAUGAAGAGUUUGAUGAAGAAUUAAAACAAAUUCCUGAUCCUAAAAAUGAACCCUUACAAGUAAUUGCAGAUUUUCUAGAGGUAUUAAGAACAAUGGGGCCUUAUUGUGCAGAUAAAGCAGCUUUAACACUUUUAUAUAAGGUGGAAAAGUUAAAAGUUAAAACGCCAUACGAACGACAUUAUAUAUUACUUUGUAUUGUUUCCACUAUGUUAAUUCAAGUGAGAUCAACAUUUGAUGACAUUUUUCAUGGUUACAGCAAUAAAGAGAAAGUAUUAAAAUUUAGUUCCCCGCAUGUAUUACGUUUGAUUAGUAUUCUUAAACAGUUUAAACCUAAAAUGAAUAAUAAAACAGACAACUCAAAAAGGUCAAAUGAACAAAAGGAGAAUCAAAUUAAUCAUACUAAUGACAAUAAAGUAAAAACCACUAGGCGUAACUGGAAACUAGCAAGACGAUAUGGUACUCAUAAAAAGCAAGGACGACCACGAGUUUCUAGCGAAGAGACAAUUUGUGCAUUAAUACUUGUAAAAGACAAAAUAACAGCAUCUAUUAUAUAUUAUUUGUUACUUGACCUAAAAAAUAGCGAUAAAGAUGAAUUCAGCUGGCUUCAGCCUCAAUAUACCGUAGACAAAGAAGCAGAUCCUAUAUCCGAGCCAAAGGAAUUCGAAAUUGAGCAUAGAAAACAAGAAGAAACACUCAGAAGAUUUCGUCAAAGAGAAUGCAAUGUACUAAUUGGAACUAAAAUACUAGAAGAAGGAAUCGAUUUACCUAGAUGCAAUUUAGUAAUUAGCUAUAAUACACCUAAAUCAUACAAAUCAUAUUUAAAAUCUAAAAGCAGAGCAAAAACUAUGGAUGCUUAUUAUGUUUUAUUGUUUAAUGAGGAAAGUACAUUUGAUAUUUUAGCUCGUUUAAAAUUAUACAAAAACAUAAAUAAAAUGUUAUUGAGUCAUUGCAAUCUAAAAGACAUCGAUAUUAAAAAUGAAAGCUGUGCUGAUAAAUUCAACUGGUGCGUUGCACCCUUUAAACCAAGUAAAACUGAAGAUGGACCUUAUGUGGAUAUGGGCACAGCAAUAGGUUUGGUGAACAGAUACUGUGCUAAAUUACCUAGUGAUACAUUUACUAAAUUAUCUCCAGUUUGGAAUAUUGUCAGUACAAUUUAUGAUAAUCAACCAAUGUAUGUUUGUGUUAUUCAACUUCCAAUAAACUCUCCUAUUAAACAUGAUAUAUAUGGUCAUCCAAUGCCUAGUGAAACAUUAGCUAAAAGAGUAGCCGCAUUAGAAGUUUGCCGAUUAUUACAUGUUAAAGGUGAAUUAGAUGACUCCCUUCAGCCUAUAACAAAAGAAUCAUUUCAUGCUCUUUUCAAUGCUGAUGAAGUACCUCCAGAUGCUGAAGAUUCUUUGAUACCAUGGGAUACUGAAGAGCCUCGACCGGGAACUAACAAGCGUCGUCAAUAUUACUAUAAAAGAAUAGCUCAAGCAUUAAAUGAUUGUAGACCGGUUGAAGGUAAACCUUGUUAUUUUUAUGCCAUUUUAUUAAAAAUGAAUUGUCCUGUGCCAGAAGAACAAAAUACAAGGGGUCGCAAAAUUCAUCCUCCUGAAGAAUCCAUUCAUGGUUUUGGUAUACUUACAUUGAAGCAUAUUCCAAGUAUUCCAUCAUUUCCUAUUUAUACUCGAUGUGGGGAAGUCUAUGUAAGUUUGAAGUUGGUCAAAACAAAUUUAUAUUUAACACAACAACAACUGGAUGAUGUAGCAUCAUUUUUAAAUUAUACUUUUACUAAUGUAUUACGCUUACAAAAAUGUCAUGUUGCAUUUGAUCCAACUACUACUCACAAUUGUUAUUACAUUGUACCUACCAUAAGAGAUGCAAAAGACGAUGUAGAUAUUGAUUGGACAUUUUUGGAUUCAAUGCACAGAAGGAAAGAUGAAAGACUAGAAAUUAUACCGGAUACAGACCGAAUAAAUUUCCAACCAGACUUUGAUGUUUUAAAAGAUGCAGUUGUUACACCUUGGUAUAGAAAUCAAGAACAACCUCAGUAUUUUUAUGUAGCGGAAAUAUGUACUAAUCUCACACCAAAAUCCCCUUUUCCUGGUUCAGUAGAAAACUAUAAAACAUUUAUGGAUUAUUAUUACCUCAAAUAUAAUUUAAAAAUACAAAAUCUUGAUCAACCUCUUUUGGAUGUGGAUCAUACUUCAGCCAGACUAAAUUUUCUCACACCGAGGUAUAUGAAUCGCAAAGGUGUAAUUUUACCUACUAGUAGUGAAGCAACUAAAAAAGCGAAGAGAGAUAAUUUGAGUCAAAAACAAAUUCUAGUCCCAGAACUUUGUAAAAUUCAUUUAUUUCCAGCAUCAAUGUGGCGUAAAGCUGUCUCUUUGCCAUGCAUAUUGUAUCGCAUAAAUGCUCUAUUAUUAGCUGAUGAAAUUAGAACCAUUGUGGCUAAAGAUAUAUCUUUAGGAUCCCUACAUCUAUCAUAUGAUCAUCAAUGGGAACCUUUAGAUUUUGGAUGGACAAUGAAAGAAGUAUUAAAAAAAAGAAAAGAACAAAAGGAAAGUAGUGGAAUUAAAAAAAUAGUUAAACAUAUCGAAGAAGUUGAAAUCAAUGAUGAAGUAGAAAAAAUAACAAAGACAGACGAUCCUAAUUGGAUGGAUAUUGGUACAUGGUCUAAUGAUAUGGCUAGUUUUGCAAUGAAAGAUAUAGAAAAUGAUCCCAAUGAAAUAAGAUAUUCAUCACCAACUAGUUGGAUGGUGCAAAGUGAUAAUGAUUCAAGCAUAUUUAGCGAUGUUGACUCAGAUGAUGGAGCUCAAGAAACUGGUGUACGUUCAAGUGGUUUGCGCAUAGAAUUUAGAAAUACAUUUUUAGCUGAAGCUGUAGAUGAAAACGAAUGUAAACCAAAUAAACUGUCUUUAUUUAAAAAUGGUGAAACUCAUACAUGGUCUUGGAAUGAUAGUAGUGAUGUUCUUAUUGAAAAAAAUGAAAUUUUUUCUCAAGAUGAUAAUCAAAUUGAUGAAAUUAUUUUCUUUAACAAAGAAGAAGAAAUUCUUAUUAAGUGUGAGUUAAAAGACAUUAAACCACAAGAAAAGACACCUUUUUUAGAGUUGCCAUGGUUAUUGGAUGCAGAUACUGGAUAUGGACUUCCAGAUAAAAAUGUUUUAUCAAAUACCAUAGAGGCAAAAGAAAAAACUGACGAUAAGGUACUUAUUAUGAGCGAUUACAAUUUUGUUUUAGAAAACAAACCAAGUACAGAAAAGUUUAGUUUUGAUUAUCAGCCAGAUUUACUUAAUCAUUGUGGACCAAGUCCUAGUGUUCUACUUCAAGCACUUACUAUGUCAAAUGCUAAUGACGGUAUUAAUUUGGAACGUCUAGAAACAAUAGGAGAUUCAUUUUUAAAAUAUGCCAUUACUGCUUACUUGUAUUGCACACAUGAUAAUGUUCACGAAGGCAAGUUAAGUCAUCUUAGAUCAAAGCAAGUUAGCAAUUUAAAUUUAUACCGUUUGGGAAAAUUGAAAAUGUUUGGAGAACGUAUGAUAUCUACUAAGUUUGAACCGCAUGAUAAUUGGUUACCACCUUGUUAUUUUGUUCCACAUAAAUUGGAGAAAGCUCUUAUUGAUGCUGGAGUACCCACUUCCCUAUGGAAUAUGAUUAGCCUUCCUACUUAUAAAGAUCCAACAGAUAUGGAAAUAGACGAGGCCAUCAGGCAGUUUAAAGAUGGAAUCACAAAUGAUAAUCCAGCAAAUACUCCUAUAUUUGUUCCUUACAACCUCGUUACUCAACAUAGUAUCCCAGACAAAAGUGUUGCCGAUUGUGUUGAAGCUUUAAUUGGUGCUUAUUUGAUAUCUUGUGGUUCUCGUGGAGCACUACUAUUCAUGUCAUGGUUGGGCAUUAAAGUUUUACCUACUCAAAAUGAUUCGACAUUAGGUUAUCUUAAAUGUCCAUCUUCACCUUUACUACGUAAUGUUUCGGAUCCUGAAGGAGAGUUAAAAAAACUAAUGGAUGGUUUUGAGUUGUUUGAACAACACUUAAGAUACCGAUUCCGAGAUAGAAGCUAUUUAUUACAAGCCAUGACUCAUGCCUCUUACUAUCCUAAUCGUCUAACUGAUUGUUAUCAGCGCCUAGAAUUUUUGGGUGAUGCAGUUUUAGAUUAUUUAAUAACCAGACAUCUAUAUGAAGAUAAAAGACAGCAUUCACCUGGUGCUUUGACAGAUCUUCGUUCAGCAUUAGUAAAUAAUACAAUAUUUGCUUCAUUAGCUGUUCGUAAUGGUUUUCAUAAAUAUUUCAAACAUUUAUCACCUGGAUUGUCUGAAGUUGUUUGUAGAUUUGUUACAAUACAAGAAGAAAACGAGCACAAAAUUGAUGAAGAAUUUUAUUUCAUGGGAGAAGAUGAAUGUGAAGAUGCUGAAGAUGUGGAAGUUCCAAAAGCCUUAGGGGAUGUUUUUGAAUCUGUUGCUGGGGCUAUUUAUUUAGAUAGUGAUAUGUCUUUAGAUACUGUUUGGAAUGUGUAUCAUAAAAUUAUGGAAAAUGAAAUGGAGCAAUUUAGCACUAAUGUGCCAAAAUCACCUAUUCGAGAACUUUUAGAACUAGAACCAGAAACAGCAAAAUUUAGCAAACCUGAAAAGUUAGCAGAUGGUCGUCGUGUACGUGUUAUUGUAGAAAUUUUUGGAAAAGGCGAGUUUAAAGGUAUAGGCCGAAAUUACAGGAUUGCAAAAUGCACAGCUGCUAAAUGUGCUUUAAAACAUCUCAAGAAAAAGAAAUAAUCUUUACAAGUACUACAAAAUUACCUAAUUUGUUUUGUUUAAUUACCUAAGUAUUAUGUUGAGUAUGUAAGUAAACAAAAAGUAUAGACUUAUAUCACUUAAAGAUUAAAACAAUAUUAGUUUUUACAAAUUUAUUUUUCAUUAUAAAUAGUAUCUAAAAAUAAUUGUAUGCCACUACUGUUAAUCACUUAAUACUGUAUUUGGAAUGUAUAAAAGAGAAAGUGUGUUAAAAUAAAGAAUUUAUGAAGGGAAUGGUACAGUUUUUUUCAGAAGGCAUUCAUGUGUGGUAAUGCGUUGAUUAUGCAAUAAUUUUGAACUUUAAAAUAUACAUUUUAAAAGAUAUUCAAGAAUUCCUAAUAUGUAUGGUAAACCAGACUAAUUAUAAACUAAUGUAUGAAGUCCUUGAGGCUACUAAACGUAAUAUAACAAUACCUAUUUUUAUUGACAAGGAAAUAUGGAAACUACUUCUUACAUUACUGUUCCCAAUAUAACAAUAACUAUUUGAUUAUAUUUUACAAACCAGCAAGCAAUUUUUUAAACACUUAAUUUUUUCAUAUUUAGUUGAUUUGAGAACUCUUUGCCAAGUACAGUAUUUCACAGGUUUAUUUUUAUGAGAACUUAAAUCUCAGUUACCUUAAUGAUAUUAUUUAACAUUUUCCUAAAACUUUAAUUAUAAAAACAAUAUCAGUAAUCAUCUAGUAGCAAGUAUUCAAUGCUUUAAUUGUAGUAAUAGUAGUUUUAUAGCAAACCACAGAUACUUAAAGUUUCCUAAUUUUUAUUGUAUAGUGAACUCAUCAUACACUUGUA